GAAUCGGACUAUGUUGUUGGGUGUGUGAUGCCAGUAACCGAAACUUCCUGAUUGUCGCGCCUCACCUGACGAAACUGGAGCAAUAAUUUACACUAAAACUAAAUUGUUCCGCUCAUUUGUACAACACAUAAACCUUACAUCACUACAUCAACUAAUCUGUGUGUAAGCAGAGACAGAACUCAUCAUUUAAAGCUCAGUCACGCGCUGCUGGAGGAGCCACACAACACGGAUGAUGUGGGAGCUUCCCGUCGGGAAGGAUGAAGAGUUCCCCAGCUAACCGCAGUCGGGACAUCGAGCGCCAGGCCGGAUACCUGCGCCCGGAGCACUGCACCCCCCCGCCUCCGCGCUCAAACUCCCCCCACGACAUGUGGUUCAUCCGGGACGGCUGCGGCAUCGUGUGCGGCGUGAUCACGUGGAUGCUGGUCUUCUACGCCGAGUUCGUGGUCGUCUUCGUGAUGCUGCUGCCGGCGAAGAACCUGGCGUACAGCAUCUUUAACGGUGUUGUGUUUAACGGGCUCGCUUUCCUCGCGCUGGCGUCACACUUCAGGGCCAUGUGCACCGACCCGGGAGCCGUUCCGAAGGGAAACGCCACGAAAGAGUUCAUCGAGAGUCUGCAGCUCAAGCCGGGUCAGGUGGUGUACAAGUGUCCCAAAUGCUGCAGCAUCAAGCCUGAUAGAGCACAUCACUGCAGUGUGUGUAAGCGCUGCAUCAAGAAGAUGGACCAUCACUGCCCCUGGGUCAACAACUGUGUGGGAGAGAACAACCAAAAAUACUUUGUGCUUUUCACUAUGUACAUUGCUUUGAUUUCCCUUCAUGCUCUGAUGAUGGUUGCUUUACAUUUUGUCUUCUGUUUCGAAGAAGACUGGGCAAAGUGCAGUUCCUUCUCUCCUCCGGCGACCGUCAUCCUCCUCAUCCUCUUGAGUUUCGAGGGUCUGCUCUUCCUCAUCUUCACCUCUGUGAUGUUCGGGACGCAGGUGCACUCCAUCUGCAACGACGAGACCGGAAUCGAGCAGCUGAAGAAAGAAGAGCGAAGAUGGGCCAAAAGGUCCAAGUGGAUGAACAUGAAGGUGGUGUUCGGUCACCCGCUCUCUCUCUCCUGGCUCAGUCCGUUCGCUCGGCCGGAUCACGGGAAAGCCAAUCUCUACCAGUACGUGGUGUGAGACGCCGACCCGUCGAGCACAACCUCCACACACACACACACACCUCUCUGCUCUUUAACUCGGUCUGUCCUGAAGGAUCUCAGUGUUUAGUGGCUUCUUCACGCUCAGAGACUCUCGGUCAUGACACUGUGACCCACAUCAUGAGAUGUUCGAGGCCUUCACCAUGACAGCUGAAGAGUUUCUCAUGGAUCUCCGGAUUUGAUUGACAGGUGCCGUUAUUAUAAACAGAAAUGCCUGUUCUUUAAGAGAACGCUCGCUCGAGGAAUCUGUCGUUGCCAAAUUUGAUUUCAUUACGAGGAAUCUUCUGACGGUUUUUCCUUUCAUCAUUUGCAUAACACUAAUCACUAGCGCACGUCUGCAAAAUCCUCUUAUUUUCUUUGCUUUGUGACUAUUUUCAUGAUAAUUAAAGCGUUUAAGCCUUAGAUUUACAUUUUUAAUUUUGGUGAUUCUCCUCAUUUUUACUGGAUUACAUUUAAAAAAACAUACAUGCAAUAAAAGCUCAAUAUAUAUAUAUAUAAUACACAUUUAUAUACAAUUCUUUGCAUUUUAAUUUUUUAGUAAUCUUAAAAAUGUUGAUUCAUCUUGCCUGAUUCUGUUGAUUUUGGGGUGAAAUAUGACAGUUAAUGGAACGUCCUCAUGAACACAGUCGCUCUUUCCCGGCGUAGAGAUAGCGGUGCGACUAACACACCAUCUGCAACACUUCUAUGGGCGCUGGUGCUCAUGGGUUCAGUGUUGGAUGUGAGCUUGAUCUUCCUGAAUCCAGACGGCUGCUGUCUUCGUCCCUCAGGUUCACAUGAUGAAAUCAAUCCUGUUUCUCCUCCAAAUCCAGCUUAGACCAUCACAUAUUCAUCUCGUCUCCAGAGACUGACAGCUGUAGACAGGGCUUUCUCUCUGUCUCGAGCACAACUACGGUCAGGAAAGUUUACGACUGAGGUGUUGAUCAGUAUUCAUUAAAGUUCUUCAUAAUCACU